AUCAAGGGUUGUGAUCUGGUCACUUCCCUAGCAGCUGCCACCUCUGAGCGCACUUUCGCCCCUGUUGCUACAUUGCACCCGACACCCCGACGGCGAAGACGAAAGACGCCGGCCCUCUUCCUUUUCUCUUUCUUAAGAACGACAAUGAGAAGAUAGCCCAACCAACUCUUGCUCUCCAUAAUCAUUUGCGUCAUCCGUUGCUGCAACCAUGAACGGCCACUUUGCUGGUGUCGGCGAAGAGCUGGAUGCCCAGAACUACGAGCAUGGCAUCCAGGUCAUUGACGAUCAGAAAGAAUUCAAUAAUAAUGUCGCAACAUAUUUACAAAAAGUGCGCGUCGCCGAGGCGGGGUUCAACUACCACCUCAUCUCCGUCUUCGGCUCUCAGUCUACCGGCAAGUCGACGCUGCUGAACAACCUCUUUGGAACCGAGUUCUCCGUCAUGUCCGAGACGAUGCGCCAGCAGACUACCAAGGGAAUUUGGAUGUCCAAGAACAAGAAGGAGGCUGGCAUGGCCGAGAACAUCCUCGUCAUGGACGUCGAGGGUACCGAUGGUCGUGAGCGCGGCGAGGACCAGGACUUUGAGAGAAAGAGCGCCCUUUUCGCCCUGGCAACCAGCGAGGUACUCAUUGUCAACCUCUGGGAGACGCAGGUCGGCCUGUACAACGGCGCCAACAUGGGUCUCCUCAAGACCGUCUUCGAGGUCAACCUGCAGCUCUUCCUCAAGGACAAGCAGUCGAGCCUGAGAUCUCUGCUGUUCUUUGUCAUCCGAGACCACCUCGGCACGACGCCCCUUGCGAACCUGCGCAACACGCUGGUGCAGGACCUUAGUAAGAUCUGGUCUUCCAUCUCCAAACCCCAGGGCCUCGAAAACUCGCGUAUCGAGGACUACUUCGACUUUGCGUUCGCCGCACUCCCCCACAAGAUCCUCCAGGCCGAUAAAUUCACAGCCGAGAUCCAGAACCUGGGGAGGAGGUUCACUGCGGGGCAUCGCACGCCUGGAUCUAGCUCCCAGGAGUUCGAGGGGGGGUGUUGCUGCCCGAAGGGCAUCUGGGAUCAGAUCGUCAACAACAAGGAUCUCGAUCUGCCGACGCAGCAGGAGUUACUCGCCCAGUUCCGUUGCGACGAGAUCUCGCGCGAGGUCCUGAUCGGUUUCGACAAUGCCAUCGUGCCUCUUGAGGAGAAGCAGUCCGAGGCUGCUCGGUCCGGAAAGCCCACCGUCCUGGCCGAUCUCGGCAACACAGGACGUGACUCUCGCCAAAAGUGCCUCAAGGCAUUCGAAGUGCAGGCCAGCAGAUAUCACAAGGGUGUCUACGCCCGCAAGCGUCAAGACCUAGAAGCCAAGAUUGACGGCCGACUCAAGACGCUUUAUAACGCACAGCUGUCCGCAGCGCACAAGUCCGGAAUCGCCUCGUUCAGCGAAGCCGUGUCUGGGGCCGUCAAGGCUGGUCAAAAGUCCGGUGCCGCUUACGAAUUUGCCGAGAUUGUGACCGAGCAGAAGAAGAAGGCGCUUGGGUCCUUCCAGAACGAGGCUGAGAGCCUUGCCAUUCCUGGCGUCGCCUGGUCCAACUUCAAGUCGCAGUUUGGGCUGUUUGAGAAGGAGUUGGACGAUGUGAGCGGUAAGCUGCGCAAGGAAGAGAUGCGCCGGUUGGCCACGAGGGUGGAGCGAUGGGUCAAGUCCCGUUUGGGCGAUGCGGUUGGCCUCGAGUUCAACAAGCUCGGCUCUGGGAGGGCUGGCUCCGGCGCCCCCGAAACGGGCGAAAAGCCCACGGAGAAGGACCUCUGGGACCGCAUCUGGACUGUUUUCGUCGACAUCGUCAAGGACGCGCAAAGUAGGUUCACCGAACGAGCUAAGAGCUUCGAGGCCACCCAGGAUGAGGUUGAGGUCGGCCUCUGGCGACUCAGACGCAAGAGCUGGGUGGCCUUGCGUGAGAAGAUUGAGGAAGAGGUCAUGGAGGGCAACAUCCUGUUGAAGCUGAGGGAAAACUUUGAGGACAAGUUCAGAUAUGACGACGCCGGCGUGCCCAGGAUAUGGAGGCCCACUGAUGAUAUUGAGGGCAUCUACACUAAGGCGCGGGAGUCUACGCUGACCCUCAUCCCCCUGUUGUCAAAGUUCAAGCUCGCCGAGAGCUACAGCCCCCCCGACCUGCCUGCGUGGAUCGGCAACCAACCGCGUGGCGUUGAGCCGAGUGACGAGGAGGACCUGACGCCGAUUGGCGGUGUCGAUGAAGAAGACGGCAAGAGUCUCGAGGAGGAGAUGACCGUCCUCAGUGAGGGCAAGCGUCAGGAUCUUGUCAUUAGGUUCAAGAAGACAGCCGACGGCGUCUACGUUGAGGCCAAGCGCAGCGCCAUCGGCGGCGUCGCCCAGGUGCCUCUGUAUUUUUACGCCCUGUUGGUGGCGCUGGGAUGGAACGAGAUUGUCGCUGUGCUACGCAAUCCGUUCCUCUUUAUUUUCCUCAUCCUGCUUGCCGGAGGAACCUACGUUGCCUACACGCUCAACAUGCUCGGUCCCAUGUACCAGAUGGCCAACGCGGCCGCUAACCAGGGCGUCGAGAUCGGCAAGCAGAAGCUGCGCGAGUUCAUUGAGAACUCGGACACUGCGCGGCAGGCGCUGGCGAUGCCCGGUCGCGACAGCGACUCCAUCAGCUUGGAUACGCUCGACAGUCGGGGCAAGAAGAAGGGAGCCGAGGACGAUGUUGAUGACAUCUAGAUUACUGUUGGUGUUGUUUUUUGUUCAUGACAGCUGAAACACGCGCUGCGGUCCAAACGCCAGACGAACGAGCUCACUGAGGGCAUGAGUAGGGAACAGAAAAGAUAUAAUGUCUAUACGUUGCACUUCC